AUGGCGGAGACUGCCAAGCUCCAGCUGUUUGUCAAGGCGAGCGAGGAUGGCGAGAGCGUGGGACACUGCCCUUCUUGUCAGCGGCUCUUCAUGCUCCUGCUCCUCAAGGGCGUGCCCUUCACCCUCACCACGGUGGACACUCGCAGGUCCCUGGAUGUGCUUAAGGACUUUGCUCCUGGCUCACAGCUGCCCAUCCUUCUCUACGAUGGUGAUGCCAAAACGGACACACUGCAGAUCGAGGAGUUUCUGGAGGAGACACUGGGGCCCCCUGAAUUCCCCAGCCUGGCGCCCCGCUACAGGGAGUCCAGCACAGCGGGUAACGACGUCUUUCACAGGUUCUCCGCCUUCAUCAAGAACCCGGUGCCCACGCAGGACGAUGCCCUGUACCAGCUGCUGCUGCGCGCCCUCACCAGGCUGGACAGCUACCUGCGCACGCCCCUGGAGCACGAGCGGGCGCAGGAACCGCAGCUUCGUGAGUCGCGCCGCCGCUUCCUGGACGGCGACCAGCUCACGCUGGCUGACUGCAGCCUGCUGCCCAAGCUGCACAUCGUGGACACGGUGUGCACACACUUCCGCCAAGCGCCCAUACCGGCCGAGCUGCGCGCCGUCCGCCGCUACCUGGACAGCGCGUCGCAGGUGAAGGAGUUCAAGUACACGUGUCCGUACAGUGCUGAGAUCCUAGCGGCCUACCGGACUGCCGUGCGCCCCCGCUAGCCCCUCCCCCACCGUCUACGGCCACCCCCUGCCCACUCUUCUACAGCCCCAUAAAGGCACCUCUGCCCCAGUGAGCGUGUCCUGACCUGCGAGGGACCAGAGGGCCCUCGAUUUCUGCCACCCCCAAAGCCCCACCAUGGAACACACAGCUCCACAUGAUCGCCCAGAAUGACAGGGGUGGAGAACCCAGUGGGUGGUUCUGCCCAUCCGUCCACUCACCCUAUCAGGGGUGGUGGGGGACUGGAUUGGGCUCCCAAACCAGUCAGGCCAGGGUGGGGCAGCAGGAUGGCCAAGGAGGGUGGGGAGCAGAGCCCAGCCUGGGCACCCAGGGGCUCCAGGCCAGUGGGUGGGGCCAGCCCACAUUCCUCAGUCCUGCCCGAGGGAGCAAGCCACCGUCUGACCUCCACAGGUCCUAGUGUGUGUACACUGCGGGAUACCCACGCUGUGCCCUGUCGGGCGGGGUCUGGGAGAGUGAAGUGUGUGCCUGGAACAGCUGGUAACCGAGUUCCAGCCUUGAGGAGCCCUGCCCUGCCUUCCGGGCCCUGGGCUCCUGUGAGAACCAGGCAGGGGCAGCCGGAUGAGCCUGGAGAGCUUGGGGCCUCCUUCUCCCAGGGAGUGUGGGGGCUGUGCAUCUGCUUACAUACUCUGGCCCUGUGCCAAAUCACAGGCCCUGGGAGAUCCCUGACCCCUCUCCCCCAGCCAGCCCCCAGAAGUCGGAGCGUGACCGGUGCCUUCCUCUGAGGAAGCAUUUAUUUGAUGGAGAAGGGGUUUGAGGAGCAGGUGUGUUCCCACCGCACAGCAGGAUGGGCAGGUGGCGAUUGUGGGGUCUCAGAGGCUAUCCCCACCUCACAGGCAGAUUCCUGGCAGGGUCACACUCUGCUGCACCUUCAGGGGCUCUCAAAGUCUACACCGCUGGCUGGCUUCUUACUGGGAGAGAAAGGAAAGUGACACUGUGGUGUUAUUGUGGGGGGGGCAGCGGUCCAGGGCUUGACCCUGGGCACAGGAGGGAGGGACAGGUGGGUGAGUGGGUGAGUACCUCUUGAAGCCAGGGUUGAUGAGGGACUCUCCUGGACACCGCCUCCUGACCCCGAGUCCAGGGCCGCCUCUCUGAGGAUCCGGGUCUGAGGGAAACAGAACAGGAAGGGGGUUCCUGCGUCUGGUGCAAUUCCAGGGCCACAACCCCCUCUCCACAUGCAUCCUCUCUCUGGAGUUUGAAUCUGGUUCUGAGGAAAAUGAGUUGCAGAGGGAAGAGCACAGCCCCAACCAAAGUCCUAGGUGACAGGCCUUACCUGGUAAGAAGAGCUGAGACCCCACCAGACAAGGGCUCUUUCUGGGGCUGGCAGCUGUCACCUCCACAGCUGGGGAAGAAAGACAAGAGUGAAGGCACGAGCAGGGGGGCCCUAGUGAGGACUCAGGGCACGCCCUCCCCACCCCACCUGCCAGCUGGCUCUUCAAGGUGCACACUUGGGCGGCCAGGCUCAGUGUCAGCGCCUGCAACCUGGAAGCUGCCUCUGGGCCCGGCACCUUGGAGAGGUCAAAGUCCAGUGCUGAGGGCCCCCCGGAGAGGGUUAGGGACGCUCCGUCCUCCUGCAGGGUGAAAGUCACAGCUUGCUGCUCGCAAGCUGCCCUAGGAAAGGAUGGCUGCUGAGUGCCGUGUGCAGAUCCCCUUGCUCCACACCCACCCUUCCUCCUGCUCAGGGGCUCACCUGAACCGGGGGGUGAUCUCCUCAGCCGCACUCAGGCCAAAACGGGCUUUCUACAGGGCACAGGGGCUGGUCACCAGCUGCUCAAGACCCUGGAACCACCCCAAAACUGCCUGACCCAGAGCCACCCGGGACGCCGGGCCAAUCAGGACUACAGCUACAAAGCUGGGGGAAGGGUGUCCAGACACCCCGCCCCCCGGGGGAAUCCCAGACCGCCCCCCUCGAUCUCCUAGGUGGACUGCAGUGCAGGAAGGGGUGCUGGGGGCUUCCAGGCCCGCCCAGGAGCCCCGCUACCCACGAGGGCCGCCAGGCUGUCCGCCGUGAAGCAGGUGCUCCAAAGCUCCGCGGCGUCGGUCACACUGUGGAGGGAGCGGCUGUCAGAUGGGACCGCCCGCCGAACUGUCCGCGCCCCCAGAGCCCCGCGCACCACGCCACUCACUAGAGGUUGAAGUCGCCAGGGCCCCCGUCCUCGCUUCCCUCCCCCUCGCAAAAGCACACGAAGCGCGGGGGCCCGGGGCCCGGCGGCAGCGUGCAAAGAGGCGGCGACAGCGGCGGCGGCGGCACCAUGACCCCACGGCGAGCGGAAACCCGGCCAGGGCGGCCGCAGGCCUAGGGCGCCUGCGCGGCAGCCGGCUCCGGAACCGGGGGCGGGGCCCGCCCCGAACUGUGCCCACGGGGCCUGCGCGGGGCGGAGCUUACGGCCCCGUCCCGGCCCCGAGGACCCUGGACCCGCGCGGGGCUGGCGCGGCGCGGCGGACCCAGCUUAGGGCGCAGGGCGGGGCUCGGUCUCGGGCGGGGCGGGGCGGGGCGGGGCCUGCGAACCUGCGGCGGGGCGGGGUCCCCGGGCUGGCCGGUCGCAAGCGCUGUCCGCACGCCCGCGUGGAGGCCUCUGCGCGCCUCCGCCACCGACCCCCGCAGCUGCGCGCCCGCCACCCCGCCGAGUCCGCGGUUCCCUCCGUUUGAGCUUCGCCCCCGGCUGUCCCAGCGGCCUCCUCCUGCCUUCCACACCGGCUCUCGCCCUCCCCGAGACAUUUCUCAGGUUGUCUUCAGAUACACAAAGGUUCCUAACGCCAAACUGUCUAACAGGUCAGAAUACAAAAGUGAAUAAAGUUUGGCAGUUCG